GAAAUUUUCCUUCAACUGUUUGGUUGUGUGAUCAGAUUUCUCCAGUUGUGGUCGUUAUUCUAAUCAUUAUGGCCAAGUUUUGUUGCUUGAUUGUAAUCAUCCUCUGCACAGCUCGUUUGUCUAAGGGAGAACGACUCACUGAGAAAUGUCUGGCUUCAAAUGGAAUAUGCGGAACAAAAGAUUUAACAUGUAAUGACUCAUUUGGAUCAAGAUGGAUAAAUGAAGGUAGAUGUUGUUAUGAAAGACCAUGUUGCAAAAUUAAUGGCUACAGCUGUGGAUUUGAGACUGAUGCACCAUGUAUCUUCCAGGAUUCAACUAAGGAUGAAUUUGACUGGAAACGACUUGCGAAUUCUACCUCAAGUCCGAAAACAGGACCAACAAAUGCAGCCGAGGGAAAUUACUACAUAUACAUAGAGGUCACCGACAAAAAUGAUGGUGAUAAAGCUAUACUUACAACAGAAGCUGCUAGCUUACCAGCUAGUAGUUGGUGUCUUACUUUCCAGUACCAUAUGAAGGGGAAAGACAUGGGGAACUUAGAAGUAUUUGCUGGGGACAAAACAUCUAACUUGACAAGUAUCUGGGAAAAAACAGGAGACCAACCCGAUCCAGACCUGUGGAAAAGUGCUAUUAUAACCAUACCACAAUAUACUAAUUCUGUUAUAACCAUUGAAGGGAGCAGAGGUACAACAGCUUUUGGUGACAUUGCUAUUGAUGAUCUCACUCUCAAUGCUGGUACAUGUAGUGCAAUAAAUUAAACGGAAAACAGAAUAAACCUACAACCAUGCCUUUAUGGUGGUGUGAUAUUCACAGUUAUAAUGAUCAUGUGAUAUCUAGUAUCUUAUAAAUUAUAAUGAUCAUGUGAUAUUAACAGUUAGCUUAUUCAUUAUAAUGAUCAUGUGAGA